AUGAUUUCAGGAGUAAGGGUUCUCAACCUCUCGAUGCGUCGCAUAGCUUCUUCCUGCAGAAUGAUAUCAACCACCCCCGGAUGGCAAAAAAACUGCCGCAACGAGUGUCAAUUUUUAUGCGACACGAAUGAGCCACUGUCUUCCCCCUCUGGUUUAAAACGAGUGUCGUACGCCCGAGUCAAGAAGACACCUCUCGCCGGAGGCCCGGGGGGAGGCUUCAAGCCCCUCAAAGACACAUCAUGCAAGGAGCCAGGAACUAAGCCUUCCAAUUGA